AUGUCAGCGACGUUAUCGUGCUUAGAUAUUAGUACAUCGCCGGAUCUUAAAAGUCUUCCGGGGUUUAAUCCUGGACUUUUGAAUAGGACAACGCCUGAUUAUCGAUCCAGCUAUGAUGGCCGU